GAAGCAGGAGAAAGAAAGGGAGCCAAGUAGCCCAAGCCCCUCUUUGGGCGGACGGGACGGGGCGGGGGCGCGAGCUUGUGCGCGUGCCAUCCCUCUCUGCUCAGGGAAACACAGGCAGGCACGCACGCGCACACCUUCCCCGUCUCGCGCGCGGGUCGAGUACCUCAAAAACUUGUGUGGAAGGAAGGACGGAAGGACGGGGGAAGAAGCCAUGCGGCGCUGAGGGAAAAGGAGAGAGAGGGCGAGCUCGCCUGAAUGAGCGCCUGCGGAGCCCUUUGGCCGGAGGAGAAGGGGAGCCAGGCCGGGCGGGAUGGCGAGGGCGGCGGAGAGAGGGGCAGAAGCAGCCGCCAGGCCCUGACGAGGCCCCGGGCCCCCUCCGCCCUAUUCCAGCAGCCACAGCAGCAGCACUUUUCCUGAGGGGAGGAGGUCGCGCGCCAGCAGCAGCAGCAGCCAUGGACAGCUGCUUCUUCUUCGCGGAGGGAGCACGGGUUUGGUUGCGAGAAAAUGGCCAACAUUAUCCAAGUACUGUACUUUCCUGUGCAGAGGGAGUUGUUGUGUUCAGGACAGAUUAUGGUCAGGUAUAUACUUACAAACAGAGAUCCAUUACACACCAAAAAGUUACAACUAUGCAGCCUACAAGCACAGAAGGCCUGGAAGACAUGGCAGCACUGAUAGACCUCCAUGAGGGUGCCAUAAUGCACAACCUAUUCCAGCGUUAUCAGCAAGACAAAAUUUAUACUUACAUUGGUUCCAUAGUUGCCUCCGUAAACCCCUACAAAGCCAUCCCUGGCCUCUACGACCGCACCACUGUGGAAGAAUAUAGCCGACAUCACUUGGGAGAAAUUUCACCUCAUAUUUUUGCUGUUGCCAAUGAGUGCUACCGCUGCCUAUGGAAACGCCAUGACAACCAAUGUGUUCUCAUCAGUGGUGAAAGUGGUGCUGGUAAAACAGAGAGCACUAAGUUGAUCCUCAAGUUUUUGUCUGCUGUGAGCCAACAUUCACUGGAACUCUCUCGUAAGGAGAAGACCUCUAGCGUUGAACAAGCAAUUUUGGAGAGCAGUCCAAUUAUGGAGGCAUUUGGCAAUUCAAAGACUGUUUACAACAACAAUUCAAGCCGCUUCGGAAAAUUUAUUCAGCUAAACUUCUGUCAGAAGGGCAACAUUCAGGGAGGUAAAAUAGUAGAUUAUUUAUUAGAAAAGAAUCGAGUAGUAAGGCAAAACCCAGGAGAGAGAAAUUAUCACAUAUUCUAUGCCCUGCUGGCAGGGAUUGAGGGGGAAAAAAGAGAUGCGUUUUACUUAUCUGCACCAGAGAACUAUCACUACCUGAACCAGUCUGGAUGUGUAGCGGACAAGACAAUCAAUGACAAAGAAACUUUCAAAGAAGUCAUUACGGCUAUGGAAGUGAUGCAGUUCACCACUGAGGAGGUGCGGGAUGUUCUUCGACUUCUUGCUGGCGUUUUGCACCUUGGCAACAUUGAAUUUAUAACUGCUGGUGGAGCACAGGUGUCAUACAAAACAGCUCUGGGUAGAACCGCAGAGUUACUUGGGCUGGACUCAACGCAAUUAACUGAAGCAUUGACACAGCGAUCAAUGAUACUCAGGGGAGAAGAAAUAUUAACACCUCUCAGCAUACAGCAGGCAGUAGAUAGCAGAGAUUCGGUAGCUAUGGCACUUUAUUCCCAGUGCUUUGCCUGGGUUAUUAAAAAAAUCAACAGCAGGAUAAAAGGCAAAGAUGACUUCAAGUCCAUUGGCAUUUUAGACAUCUUUGGAUUUGAGAACUUUGAGGUUAAUCGUUUUGAACAGUUUAAUAUUAACUAUGCAAAUGAAAAACUUCAGGAAUACUUCAACAAGCACAUUUUUUCAUUAGAACAAUUGGAAUAUAGUAGAGAAGGACUCUUAUGGGAAGAUAUUGACUGGACAGAUAACGGGGAGUGUUUGGAUCUUAUUGAAAAAAAACUUGGUUUAUUAGCACUUAUCAAUGAAGAAAGCCAUUUCCCUCAAGCUACAGACAGCACUUUGUUGUCAAAGUUACACAUCCAACACGGUAACAAUCAUUUUUAUGUCAAACCAAGAGUUGCUGUACAUAACUUCGGAGUGAAACACUAUGCUGGGGAGGUCCAUUAUGAUGUCAGAGGAUUCUUAGAGAAAAACAGGGAUACUUUCAGGGAUGAUCUCCUUAACUUGCUACGGGAAAGCAGCCUUGAUUUCAUAUAUGACCUCUUUGAACACGUUUCGAGCCGCAGCAGUCAAGACACUUUGAAAGGCGGAAGCAAACAUCGAAAACCCACUGUCAGCUUACAAUUCAAGGAUUCACUGCAUUCCUUAAUGGCAACACUAAGCACGUCUAACCCUUUCUUCGUUCGCUGCAUCAAGCCCAACAUGCAUAAGAUGCCUGACCAGUUUGAUCAGAAUGUGGUGCUGAACCAGCUGCGUUACUCUGGUAUGCUAGAGACAGUGCGUAUCCGAAGAGCUGGAUUUCCAGUGCGGAGGCCAUUUCAAGACUUUUAUAAAAGAUACAAAGUCCUGAUGAGGAAUUUGACUCUCCCAGAAGAUUUGAAAGGAAAGUGUACCACCCUCCUUCAGCUAUAUGAUAGCACAAACACUGAAUGGCAGCUUGGAAAAUCUAAGGUGUUUCUUCGUGAAUCCUUGGAGCACCAGCUGGAAAAACAGCGAGAGAUAGAGGUUGACAAAGCAGCCAUGAUUAUACGAGCGCAUGUUUUGGGCUACAUGGCACGAAAGCACUACAAAAAGGUCCUUCACUAUGCGAUUGUCAUACAGAAGAACUACAGAGCUUUAUACUUUAGAAGGCGAUACCUACUCCUGAAAAAAGCAGCUACUACUUUUCAGAAGCAGCUUCGAGGCCAGAUUGCACGUCGUAUUUAUAAACAGCUGCUAGAGCAGAAACGACAGCAAGAAGAGGAAAAGAAGAGGAAGGAGGAAGAAGAAAGAAAACGACAAAAGCAGGAAGCAGAACAGAUUGCUCGGCAGGCAGAGGAAGGUAGACGACAGCAGGAACUGGCAGCUCUUCAGAAAGCCCAGAAAGAGGAAGAGUUGAAACGAGACCUGGAGAAGCAGAAAGAAAACAAGCAAGUGGAAGAAAUCCUGCGUCUGGAAAAAGAGAUUGAAGACCUGCAGCGCAUGAAGGAGCAGCAAGAACUGUCAUUGACAGAGGCUUCGUUGCAGAGGUUGCAGCAACUCAGAGACGAUGAGCUGAAGCGACUAGAGGAUGAAGCCUGCCGAGCAGCACAGGAGUUCUUGGAAUCCCUAAACUUUGAUGAAAUUGAUGAAUGUGUCCGAAACAUUGAGAGGACGCUUUCUGUAGGUAGUGGCUUCUGUGAACUAAGCGAACUGACUGGGAAUGCAGGCACUGAAAAGCCCAAUUUUAACUUCAGCCAGCCAUACCCCGAGGAAGAGGUUGAUGAGGGCUUUGAAGCAGAUGAUGAUGCUUUCAAGGAUUCACCUAACCCAAGUGAGCAUGGCCACUCUGAUCAAAGGACAAGUGGCAUCAGGACAAGUGAUGACUCUUCAGAAGAAGACCCAUACAUGAAUGACACAGUAGUGCCAACGAGUCCUGCUACUGGCAACACCACACUUAUUCCUUCUAGCCAUGACUCCAUCAGUCUCCACAACUCCUCAAGUGGUGAAUCCACAUAUUGCAUGCCAGAAAAUGUAUCCUGUAGGUCCCAGAAUCCCACAGACCUAAUCUGCCCAGAUGGAGACUACGAUUAUGACCAAGAUGACUACGAAGAUGGUGCUAUCACUUCUGGAAGCAGUGUGACCUUUUCUAACUCUCUCAGUAGUCAGUGGUCCCCUGACUACCGCUGUUCUGUGGGAACAUACAACAGUUCUGGAGCGUACAGAUUUAGUUCUGAGGGAGCCCAGUCUUCUUUUGAAGACAGUGAAGAAGACUUUGAGUCAAGGUUUGAUACAGACGAUGAACUUUCUUAUCGGAGGGAUUCAGUCUACAGCUGUGUCAGCCUGCCUUAUUUCCAUAGCUUUUUGUACAUGAAAGGUGGCUUGAUAAAUACAUGGAAGCGCCGUUGGUGUGUCUUGAAAGAUGAGACUUUCUUGUGGUUCCGCUCAAAACAGGAAGCUCUCAAGCAAGGCUGGUUGCAUAAAAAAGGCGGUGGGUCAUCUACGCUUUCCAGAAGAAACUGGAAAAGGCGCUGGUUUGUCCUCCGUCAGUCCAGGCUAAUGUACUUUGAAAAUGAUAGUGAAGAAAAACUUAAAGGGACCCUUGAAAUCCGAAUGGCCAAAGAUAUCAUUGAUAAUACUAGCAAGGAAAAUGGGAUUGACAUUGUCAUGGAAGACAGAACUUAUCACUUAAUCACUGAAUCUCCAGAAGAUGCAAGUCAGUGGUUCAGCGUUUUGAGUCAAGUUCAUGCUUCCACAGAACAGGAAAUUAGAGAGAUGCAUGAUGAACAAGCGAAUCCACAGAAUGCCGUGGGAACGCUGGAUGUUGGGCUGAUUGAUUCUGUCUGUGCAUCUGACAAUCCAGAUCGACCCAAUUCAUUUGUGAUCAUCACAGCAAAUCGUGUUCUUCACUGCAACGCUGACACUCCCGAGGAGAUGCAUCACUGGAUCACUUUGCUGCAGAGAUCUAAAGGGGACACUCGUGUUGAGGGACAAGAGUUCAUAGUCAGGGGAUGGCUGCACAAAGAAGUUAAGAACACGCCGAAGAUGACUCUGCUGAAACUGAAGAAGCGGUGGUUUGUCCUGACGCACAAUUCUUUGGAUUAUUACAAGAGCUCAGAGAAAAAUGCUCUCAAGUUGGGCACCCUGGUGCUAAACAGCCUGUGCUCUGUUGUGCCCCCUGAUGAGAAACUCUUUAAAGAGACAGGCUACUGGAAUGUGACUGUGUAUGGACGCAAGCAUUGCUACCGCCUCUAUACUAAGCUGCUUAAUGAAGCUACCCGCUGGGCAAGUGCUAUCCAGAACGUGAUUGACACAAAAGCCCCAAUUGACACUCCCACACAGCAGCUUAUUCAAGACAUUAAGGAGAACUGCCUGAACCCUGAAGUGGUUGAACAGAUAUAUAAGAGGAACCCUAUUCUUCGUUACACACAACAUCCACUGCAUUCUCCAUUGUUGCCUCUUCCGUAUGGAGACAUCAAUCUAAAUUUGCUCAAAGAAAAAGGCUACACUACUCUUCAGGAUGAAGCUAUCAAGAUCUUUAAUUCUCUGCAGCAACUGGAGUCUGUGUCAGAUCCCAUUCCUAUCAUUCAGGGCAUUCUUCAGACGGGACAUGAUUUACGGCCACUUAGAGAUGAGCUGUAUUGUCAGCUCAUCAAACAGACAAACAAGGUCCCUAACCCAGGGAGUGUGGGCAAUCUGUACAGCUGGCAGAUCCUCACAUGCAUGAGUUGCAUGUUUCUUCCAAGCCGGGGUAUUCUCAAGUACCUGAAAUUCCACCUGAAAAGGGUACACGACCAGUUUCCAGACACUGAAAUGGAAAAAUAUGCUCUUUUCAUUUAUGACUCUCUUAAGAAAACUAAAGGCAGAGAGUUUGUGCCUUCCCGGAGUGAAAUUGGAGCUUUAAUCAACAGACAGGAGAUGACCUCUACAGUCUACUGUCAUGGUGGUGGCUCCUGUAAGAUCACCAUUAACUCCCACACCACCGCUGGGGAGGUUGUUGAAAAGUUAAUUCGAGGUCUGGCCAUGGAAGACAGCAGAAAUAUGUUUGCCUUGUUUGAAUACAAUGGAACCACAGAAAAAGCCAUUGAAAGCAGAACUAUUGUGGCUGAUGUCUUGGCAAAGUUUGAAAAGCUCGGCGCUGCAUCAGAAGGUGAUCUUACAGCAUGGAAAUUUUACUUCAAGCUCUACUGCUUCCUAGAUACAGAACAUGUGCCAAAAGAUAGUGUAGAAUUUGCAUUCAUGUUUGAGCAGGCACAUGAAGCAGUGAUUCGAGGACAUUAUCCGGCUCCUGAAGAAACCCUCCAAGUCCUUGCUGCCCUACGGCUCCAGUAUCUACAAGGAGACCAUACUUCAUCCAAUAUCACUGUGCCAGAAAUGGAAGAAGUCUACCCUUUGCAGAGGCUGAAGUCCCGUAUUAUCCAGUCCACUAAAAUAUUUUCUCCAGCAGAGAGACUGGAAAGAAAGCGGAACAAUUUCCUGGAAGGUACCCUGAGGCGGAGUUUCCGCAGCAGUUCCAUCAGCAGACAGAAGAUGGAAGAGGAUCAAAUGCUUGACAUGUGGGUCAAAGAGGAAGUCUCCGCAGCCAGGACAAGUGUGCUUGAUAAAUGGAAGAAACUGCAGGGAAUGACCCAAGAGCAAGCUAUGGCAAAAUACAUGAGUAUGAUUAAGGAGUGGCCAGGAUACGGGUCAACACUCUUUGAUGUGGAGUGUAAAGAAGGGGGCUUUCCUCAAGAGCUCUGGUUGAGUGUUAGUGCUGAUGCUGUUUCUGUUUACAAACGCGGAGAGGGAAGACCACUAGAAGUAUUUCAGUACGAACAUAUCCUCUCCUUUGGUGCUCCCCUUGCUAAUGUCUACAAGAUUGUUGUGGAUGAGAGAGAGCUACUUUUCGCAACCAGUGAGGUUGUGGACAUUGCCAAACUGAUGAAAGCUUAUAUCAGCAUGAUUGUGAAAAAACGUUACAGCACCUCUCGCUCAGUGAGUAGUCAUGGAAGUCAAAGCAGCUCCAGGUGAAUGAAGCAAGUCGAAUCUGUCCAGUGAACCCAUCACUGCCAUCUCAUCACUUUCUUCAGAAAUGGAGACCGGAAGCAUCUCUCAAGCUAUAGACAAAAUCUUGUUGCUAGGAGACAUUCUGCAAGCAUAAAUAAAUAUAUAAUGUCUAUUUGCAUGUUUCCAUACUAAAAACUUUAUUGGCUUCCAAAGCUUCAAGCCUUCCAAAGCUUUGUUACCUCUCGAUAACAUCCUGUAUGCCUUACCUUUUAAUACACUGCCUUUGGAGCAGUACGAAGUGCCUUAAAAUAUUUGUAAAACCAAUUUGCAUUGAUCUGCAUUGUAUUAUCAGAGAACGUGUAUGUUUGUGUUUUUUUGUAAAAAAAUAAAUAAAAUAAACCACUUAGUAUAUUGUAGGACAAGCAAAUUCAGCCAUCUUGCACUAACCAACUGGCUGGUUCAUGCAUGAGGAGGAAAAGAAGCGUAUUUCUUGGAAGGCUGCAGGCAGCUUUCCUUAAGGACUUUCUUGGCAAUGUUGUAUUUCCCUUCUUCCCCGCCUCCUGCCAUCAUCCUUUCAUAUGUGUGCAUGUAUAUGACCUGGGUUAACUCCUCUAACUUUAUUCCAUUUUUGCAACUUUCAGAAAUUGAAAGGGAAUAAUAAUGUGCAAUGGUGUAAACAGUCUUUAUGUACAUUUGAAUAGUCCAGAGCUAUAGUAGUCUCAAUUGUAGACUUUCUUUAUAAGCCAGUUUUAUUUACAUUUGGGGGUGGGGGGAGUUCUAUUAUAACUUUUUUUUGUAUUUUCUUCUAGAGAUGAUUUUUUUAUCCUUUUGUUACAUAUGUAUGUAACAAGCUUAUGUUUCUCUAUCCUGCUGUAUUAUAGAUAACAUAUGUAGUUGAAGAAACUGUAUUUAUAGUCUGCCCUCCAUAUGGAAAUGCCAUUAUCAGUACAAUAUUCAAUCAGUUCCACUUUAUAAGUUUGUUUAUAAGUUCAGUUCAAUAUAUAAGGUUUUUUAAAAUAUAUUAAAAAUAUUUCAAAAA